ACAAUCCUCUUAAAAUACUACACAGUUUCUCUUGUUUCGAUCUCGGUCUGGUUACUGUUUCGUACACAGAUUGGUGGCGUUUUUGCAAGUCAUGGGGAGACGGGGAAAUAAAGUUAAUAAUGGCACUAACCAAUUACGCCCUAGAGAAAAACUGUUUGGAUUAUGUAAUUGUUGAAAUCUGAAUUUUCUUCAGCUUCUUGUCGGACCAACGACCAAAGAUCAGACUAAGAACACUGUGCUAAAUCCACCGAUCGAGGCGCAGUAUUUCAGGAUAAACCCUCAGUAUUGGAGCUAUUCGCUGAUGUGCCUCAAUACAGAAUUGUAUGGCUGUUCAGGAGAACAAGCGCAACCUUCGGCCCCGACCCCUCUCCUACAAGCAAGCGGAAUGUGUAUCAAGCCUCAGAGAGGGAAAUGUCAGCCUCCUGAUGGAACUAUUCUUGUGCUCACUAAAUCAAAGCCUUGCGAUCAACCAUUCAUGCAGUUUACUCUGUCAGCGGAUGGCACCCUUAAACAUCACUGCAGUGGCAAGAUGGUGUGCCAGCGAAAGCCAGCUCAAGGAAAGAGAUGUGAGCUUAUGAUUAGCAGCAAAUGCCAGCCUCAAGAUGCCAAGUUUGAAAGAACUGCCGCUCAUUCUUUACGACACAAACCGACUGGUAAAUGUCUCCAUCUUUAUGGAGGUGCACCUGCAGAAGGAGUGGAAUGUUGUUUAUGGCAAGGAUGUGACGAGGAACGUACUAAAGUAACAUUCAUGAAGCAAGAUUGUGCUCUUUCUCUUGGCAUAUCGCGCGGUGACGUCAGAGACAAUCAGCUGACUGCUUCAUCUACUCUCAGUGAUGAGUGGUUGCCUAAGUAUGCUCGUCUCAAUGGACCCAAGGCCUGGUGUGGUAAACCAAAUGAUAAAAGCGAUAAAGACGAAUAUCUACAGAUCGACCUUGGAAAGGUUCAAAUGGUUACACGAGUCGCGGUUGAAGGGAAAGAAUGGGACUUAGUUGAAGGGUAUUACCUCUGGUAUAGUCAAGAUGGAAAAGAAUGGAAGGCCUACAGUGAGAGUGGAGAUAAACUAGAGGCUAAUUCCUACUGUCACCUUGGGAAGUGUGCCGACACAGCGGACACCCAGUGUUCUGAUCUAUGGGGAGGAACUGCCCGUUCAGCCGGGAAAGCAUGUUGGGAAAAAUACAACUCAGAAGGAACGCCAUACGGGACAUGCGAUGCCGCAAAACCAAAACCCUGUGCGAAAAGGUUAGAUGAUCCAUAG